AUGGAAAAAGCCAGAAAGCAUCCCCGGGAUCAAGCUGGCAACUCCCCACGUGUGCACCAACCUCAGCCUACCAUGGCCCCUGUGGGCUCCGUGGACAGCGACACGCACCGCAUCCCGGGGCACAGACCUGAGGAACUGGAGGAAGGAUCUGUACCCCAAGACCAAGGCCAAGUCCCCAUCGGUUGUCCAGAGGGCUCCCACCUCCAGGCAGGUGCAACCACAGAGUCCCGGUCCUCGCUUUCUGCAGACCAAGGGCAGAGGCAGAAGACACACGCCCAGGAGGAAGAGGAGUGGGUGCUCAAAGGGGACCCCGACGAGGCUCAGAAGAUGCUAGAGCUACUGGAUUCUUUUUCCCAGGGACAGCUGACCCGCGAGGAGGCACAUCGCCAGUCCGCCUUCCCCAGAGCAGCCAUCGGACACCUAGUCCAGAGCGCGGCGGGCGGCGCCACCUUGGAGCAGAAUGCGCUCAUCGCCAUGGCCGGGCUGGCCAAGGUCUUCGUCGGGGAGGUGGUGGAAGAGGCCCUGGACGUGUGCGAGCGCUGGGGGGAAAGAGCGCGGCCGGCGCCACCCAAGCAUCUCCGGGAGGCCGUGCGCAGGUUGCGCGCCAAGGGCCAAAGGCCCAACAUCAAGCCCAGAAACGUCCUGUUCCCCUAG